CCAACUCUUCAUCUCCUCACCAGCCGCCGCCGAAAUUGGAAACAAAUCGGAAGCCAGCGGUAAGCACGAAGAAGAAUAAACGAAUCAGAAUCCAGUCAAAAGCACGGCGAGAUGAGGGAGAAGGUCGAGCAACCUGCUUGUUUCUUCUCGGCGGAGAUACCGCUACGUUGGAGGAUUUCGAGGUCGACGAGAGUGAGGGACAUGAGGCCGAGAGAUAUGUGGCUGUAGGGAGCGAGCGGAGAGAUGAGCGGUGAAGGUGAGUUUGUAGAAGGUCGGCAAACGAAAAGGAGAGAGCUUGGAGAGGAUCGCAACAGCUGCGAUGGAGUCCCGGUUGACGAGGGAUCUCCACUCCCUUCUUUCUCCAGCCGUCUCCCAACCUGCAUCGACGCCGCUGGAGGAAGAAGAGGACUCACUGCCAAGCUGCACAAGUGCUACAUGGUCUCGCUCCAAAUGACCAAACAAGCUCCAAUUCAGCAGCAACAAGCUUCAAAGCCGCCAGCAGCUACUUAUGCCAGUACCAGGGUGAAAACAGAGGAAUUGGAGCAAGCCCAGGAAACAGAGUCGAAUUGGAUGGGAUUAAAUAUGUAAAAAGGAAAAGGUGAAUGAAGGCAGAUUGAGAGA